AGGUGCGGCGGGCGGGGCAACCGAGGCCAGGAGUGCCGUCUGACUGCACCCAGUCACGGUCCAACAGCUCACGCGUGAGGAUUUCCGGUCGGCCGGUGCGACAAAACGGACAAGCUCCGAAACGAAAAGACAAUAGUCCAGCCAUGUUGACGCAAAUAAUUUUUGCCGUCGUUCUGAUCGAUGUCGCGAGCUCCUCGAACCAAGGCAGUUACACAGAGGCGUGCGGUAACCAGCCGUGUCCGUGGCCGCUGAAGUGCCAGCAGCACGGCGACGUGUACGUCUGUGCGCGCGUGCCACCGCCCACCUGCGCUGCCACCAGCUGCCCGUCCGGAUUCGAGUGUGUUCUACAGCAGGCGCUAUGCGACUCCCUGCCCUGUAACCCGCGACCCUACUGCGUCAGGUCGAAUCCCUGCGGAAUCUGCAUCGCCCCGGACGAGUUCUGCGAGCUGCUGCCGGUUCCGUUCUGCCGCCGUGUUGUCGAGCCGACCUGCGCAAACAAGAUCUGCCCGCACGGACAGAAGUGCAGGGAGGAGGCCGUCGCCUGCUUCAGGCCUCCUUGCCCCGUGGACCUGGUCUGCGAUUAGAGGCGCCUCCGGGGCUUUAAUGCACCAUCACCGGAGUCUGGACAUCGCGUGGUUGAUGUUCGCGGGGACUGGGAGCUGCCCGCGAUCAGACAUCUGCGUAUCGUCUUUUAGCGGCCCGUCAGAGAAGAGAUCUGCGGCCUGUGAAAGUGCGCUGUGCAUUGUGUGGUGCGUGGUGUGUUGAGCUUGUGCUGCAGUCCUCCGGUUUUAAAGCUCGGAUUUUAAAAAUGUUGUUUUAUGGGCGCGGCAACUGUAGUGAGAGCCUGACCAUUAAAUAU